AAGGAACGGGGCGGGGGGUCCCGGAGCCGCGUCCAGCUGCGCGCAGCUACCCGAAGGCCGAGCUCCAUCGACUCUUCCGCGGGGAGUCCCAGGACCGUGGGCUGGGGCCAAAGCCGCAGACCCUGGUCCUCCGGGGUGCGCCUCGCCCCGUCCGGUCCCUAAGCAGCCAGUCCUGCCGGGGGUCUUCGGGGACCGCUGGAACUGGGAGAGGGCAUGGCACGGCGACUUCGCGGGGACCCUUGGGUCACUCUUUCCAGGGGGCCUCCGCGCACCCCUCUCUGGGUGGACGGGCUGAACCUCCCGUCCCUGCACCCUGCGGGGGUCCCUGAAGUCGUCUUCGCUCCCUUGGGGUUCUUGGUUUAAAUUAGAAACCCAGCUUGGAGCACUGGAAGUCUCUCCAUGUCCUGCGGGGAACCUGGUUGCUCUCGUCAAACGUCAGAAUGAUUCCCUGCAGAGCUGCGCUGACUUUUGCCCGAUGUCUGAUCCGGAGAAAAAUCGUGACCUUGGACAGUCUAGAAGACACCAAACUAUGCCGCUGCUUAUCCACCAUGGACCUUAUUGCCCUGGGCGUUGGAAGCACCCUCGGUGCUGGCGUUUACGUCCUCGCCGGGGAGGUGGCCAAGGCAGACUCGGGCCCCAGCAUCGUGGUAUCCUUCCUCAUUGCUGCGCUGGCUUCGGUGAUGGCUGGCCUCUGCUAUGCCGAAUUUGGGGCCCGUGUUCCCAAGACGGGGUCUGCGUAUUUAUACACCUACGUGACUGUGGGAGAGCUGUGGGCCUUCAUCACUGGCUGGAAUCUCAUUUUAUCUUAUGUGAUAGGUACAUCAAGUGUUGCAAGAGCCUGGAGUGGCACCUUUGAUGAACUUCUCAGCAAACAGAUUGGUCAGUUUUUGAGGACAUACUUCAGAAUGAAUUAUACUGGUCUUGCAGAAUAUCCUGAUUUUUUUGCUGUGUGCCUUAUAUUACUUCUAGCAGGUCUUUUGUCUUUUGGAGUAAAAGAGUCUGCUUGGGUGAAUAAAAUCUUCACAGCUGUUAAUAUUCUGGUCCUUCUGUUUGUGAUGGUUGCUGGGUUUGUGAAAGGAAAUGUGGCAAACUGGAAGAUUAGUGAAGAGUUUCUCAAAAAUGUAUCAGCAAGUGCCAGUGAGCCACCUUCUGAAAAUGGAACAAAUAUCUAUGGGACUGGUGGCUUUAUGCCUUACGGCUUUACAGGAACGUUGGCUGGUGCUGCAACUUGCUUUUAUGCCUUUGUGGGAUUUGACUGCAUUGCAACAACUGGUGAAGAAGUCCGGAAUCCCCAGAGAGCUAUUCCUAUUGGAAUUGUGACAUCUUUGCUUGUUUGCUUUAUGGCCUAUUUUGGGGUCUCUGCAGCUUUAACACUUAUGAUGCCAUACUACCUCCUCGACGAAAAAAGCCCCCUCCCUGUAGCAUUUGAAUAUGUGGGAUGGGGUCCUGCCAAAUAUAUCGUCGCAGCUGGUUCUCUCUGCGCCUUGUCAACAAGUCUUCUUGGAUCGAUUUUUCCAAUGCCUCGUGUAAUCUAUGCUAUGGCGGAGGAUGGGUUGCUUUUCAAAUGUCUAGCUCAAAUCAAUUCCAAAACGAAGACACCAAUAAUUGCUACUUUAUCAUCGGGUGCGGUGGCAGCUUUGAUGGCCUUUCUCUUUGACCUGAAGGCGCUUGUGGACAUGAUGUCCAUUGGCACUCUCAUGGCGUACUCUCUGGUGGCAGCCUGUGUUCUCAUCCUCAGGUACCAGCCUGGCUUAUCUUACGAGCAGCCCAAAUGUUCUCCUGAGAAAGAUGGUCUGGGAUUGUGUCCCAGCGCAGCCUCGAAGAGUGAGUCCCAGGUCACCAUGCUGCAAAGACAGGGCUUCAGCAUGCGGACCCUCUUCUGCCCCUCCCCACUGCCGACACAGCAGUCAGCUUCUCUUGUGAGCUUUCUAGUAGGAUUCCUGGCUUUUCUUGUGUUGGGCCUGAGUAUCUUGACCACUUACGGAGUUCACGCCAUCUCCAAGCUGGAGGCCUGGAGCCUUGCUCUCCUUGCGCUGUUUCUUGUUCUCAGCAUUGCCAUCGUUCUCACCAUCUGGAGGCAGCCCCAGAAUCAGCAAAAAGUAGCCUUCAUGGUUCCAUUCUUACCAUUUUUGCCGGCAUUCAGCAUCCUGGUGAACAUUUACUUGAUGGUCCAGUUGAGCGCAGACACUUGGAUCAGAUUCAGCAUUUGGAUGGCACUUGGCUUCCUGAUUUACUUUGCUUAUGGCAUUAGACACAGCCUGGAGGGUCAUCAGAGAGAUGAAGAAGAAGAAGGUGCUUAUCCAGACAACAUCCAUGCAGCAACAGAAGAAAAGUCUGCCAUUCAAGCAAAUGACCAUCACCCAAGAAAUCUCAGUUUACCUUUCAUAUUCCAUGAAAAGACGAGCGAAUUCUAACUGUUGCAGGAGGAGAGCUGGUCAUCAUCUUAACAUACAUAUCCUACACUGAGUAAAACAUGACCGGAUGUCAUGAGCAUGCUAGGUUGUCAUGGUUCGCUCCAUACAUAGUUCACCCUGACUUAUACUUACUCAUCUGUACAGCAUCUCCUCAGAUGGUGAAUUAUGUGCCCUGGGAAACUUCCUAAGUGGAGGCUUCAUUCAUCAGUGAUCAACAGCCCCCAAAUAGUGGGAGUGCAUGUACGUGUGUGUGUAUGUAUGUGUGUAUGUAUAUGCUUGGGAACAUGAGCGUUAAAAGUUAGCUGGUGUUUUACUAUUUCUGUGUUACAUCUUUCCAGUUUUGUCAUUAAUCAGUGGCAUAUACUGCACAUACUGAAAUAGAGGUAAAUCACUGAAUGCAAAGAGGUUUUGUGUGUGCCCCCUGCGGUUGGGGAAAUAACUAGCAGCUCUACCUUAUUUGACUUCAUCACUGGGUAAAUUUAGGGGAUGCCAAAAUGCAGUUACUCAUCAUGGUGUCUAUCUCUGGUUAGGGAUAAGAUGAGGGGAUAAGGAAUGAGCCUUUUCAGUAAGUUGUGAAUGCCAACAGUGGGUUUAAUGCAAAUUUUUUUCCCUGUAAGAUAUGACAGUUUGCUCAAACUGCAGCCAAUAGGGGUGUCUGCUUCUGCUGCACUACACAGGCCAGGAGUGGCAUUCAGGUCACUAUUUGGCAUUCUUUUGAAUUCUUGUCUCCUUUGCAAACAGUGGUCCUAAAAUACGAGCUCUUCACUUUUUGUGAAUGACAUAUCCCCAGUCAGGGGCUUAAGAGAGGCACUGUGAUCGACUUGGGACUCUUGAAAUUAAAAAGUGAAAGUAGUCACCCUGGCCAGAAAGCUCAUGGGAGUGACCAUAAUGAGAAUAUGUUUGAAGAUCAAAGAGUUAGACCAAUGCUUGAAUACGCAGACACCAAGCAUCCUUUUCUAAAAAGUCACUUAAAAUAAGCCAGCAGACCCUCCCAGCCCACACAAUCAAUGGCAUAACAUCCUUUUUCCAUUACUUACUUAAUCACAGCUUAGUUUUCGUCUUAACCUCCUCAGGUACAGAGUUCACUUCUUUGUCUAUGUUUCUUUUCCCUUGUUCUGGAGAUGAGGAGGCUACACAGCAUCGUGCAAAGAGGGCAGGAUCAAGGGAUAGAAGAGAAAAUCCCCCUGUUCUGAGAUGAACAUGCCUAUUCCAAUAGUAAAUGGCAUCUGGCCCAAUUUAAGGGCUUUGGAUCUAAUUUGCCUCUUAUGUUUCUUUUGGAAACAUUUAGGAAUGUUUUUCUCUCCCUACUCCAUACAUUGUUUAGUACUUUUUAUUCCAUUUGCUUUCAAAUGACCACACUAAGCCUAUUAAUACAAGCUCCAGGGUUUGUAUACAAUAACCCAUCAGUGAUUGAGGAUUCAAAUAUUCUGGUUAAAAACAUGAUUAUUUAAAACUGUAAACUAAAAAAAAUUGAAUUAAAACUGUAUAAACACAGUUAUCUUUGGAAAUGAGUAAAUUAUUUUUUACAUGUAAGAUUCUCUAAUUGUUACAUUUUAUAUUUGAGGGUUCCCUAAUAGUGGACUAUUUAUUUGCAGUGUGUUUUGCUUCUCAUAAACUAUUUUCUUUUGUACAAAUCAUUAAAUAGUUCAUUGGAUGAGGCUGGGUGACAUUUCCCAGGACACCAUGGUGAACAUUACCAAGCAUGCUAGCUGGCCCACAUAAUCCAAAGGCAAGGAAAACAUUUGUUUUUCUCCUCUUAACCUCCCAAGAGGUUUCUUGGGUCUCCCAAGAAAUCAGUUAUUUUAUUGACACCAUUAGAAAGCAAGUUGCAUUUUUAUGGUUUUGCAUAACCAAGAGUCUGUUGUGAUUAAACAUCAAACAGGUAGAAAGCCUGGGUUUCUGGCUGCUAGCGUUAGAGCAUCCAUGACACAGAACUCAUUACGGACAUUCCACAACUUCCAGGGUGCACAUGGUAAAAUCGGAAGCCCAGAAUUCUCUCUCAAGCUGGAUGUUUUACUGGAGAAAGGGAGUUGGAUAAGCAUAGGUCAGAUAUUUGGGUAGGGAUAGUAGGUAUGUCCAUAAACCCUUGCUGUUGUCACAGUACACUGAAAACCCCUUUGGUUUGACAGUUGAUCUAGAAUAGGCCCUUCACACAGGAAAUGUGAACAGUUGUUAAUAUAUAAACACUCAAAUCGUUUACUGUAACAAAAUCAAGAAACUUGUUUAGAAUAUGAUAGGCAGCUAAAACUGUUAUGCCCAUUGUUCAAUUUGAAGCAGAAUUUAGGGAAAAAAUAUUUUUUCACAUUGAUAUACUUUACAGACACAAAUAACUAUAAAAAGAUGCUUUGUCAGCCACUGUGCCUUUUUUUCUGUGAGGACUCAAAUGGAUGUGUGUGUUUUAGGUAUGUAUGUGUGAGUGUAUAUGUAUCUGCAUGUGUGUAUUUCAUAUGUCAGUGUGUAAGUCAGUUGGGUUUAUGGUGGGCUUUGGCGAUAUCACUAUGUGGGUACAAAACCCAACUGAUGUGGAGAAAAAUCAAUGUUUGAUGUUGAUAGAUACGCUUACACCAAAUUUUUAGUUUUUAAACUAUUUUAAAAUGUACUCUGAUUUUAUAUGUAUAUUUCCCAUAGAUAGGCUCUUUGAGAAGUAUUUAUAAUGUUUCUAAUAUGAAAUCACUAAACUCUAGUACAUUGUAACAGGUGCUUUGUAAUCUGGAAUGGAGAGGUGGUGGGCGCAUUUGGGAAUUCCUGGUCACUUGUUUCUGCCACACCUUUUCUGACAGAUCUCUUUUGGUAGGUGUUUACUGGUAAAAGUCAGUACCACCAGCUCUGUGGCACCUUCCUGUUUCUGCGUUGGAAUUCAUAAUGUUUUGAACUAAAUGUUCUUUUCACUUUCUCAAAAUUACUUAAAUGUGUUGCAGAGUUCUGACUAGUAAUCAAAAGUAUAUAAAGUCUUCUUCAUUAAUUAAAAAGUACAUAUGCACAUUCUUUUGUGAUUGAGUAAAAGCAGCUUAAAUUACUUUUCUUGCCUACACUAAGGAAUAUAUUCUCAACGUUUUCUCUGAGAAUUUCUUAUAAUAGUGCCUCAAUUUUAUACUCUUUACAAAAGAAUAAUUUGUGAAUGACCACCGAAAGGCAAUGGCAGUCCUACAUGAAAGAAUAGAGCUAUGCAAACUCUAUUAAAAACUAUGAGGAAAACUUAAAUUGGCACCUUUGAUAUGUACUGAAAUACUGAUUAUGAUAAUCACAUUCUCCACAGAGAUCAACAUUGAGGAAACUAAAGCCAAAGUGUCACUUUAGAGAGAUCUAUAAGAAAAAGUAACGGAUACAUGGAGCUUUCCCAUUACCAGCCAUAGUUGACAGAAAACAUUAGUUUCAGAAUUAUUUCCCUUUAAAAAAUAAAAGAUUGUCUUCUUUUAAUUUCUUUGAAUAAGAGAAUUUUUAAAAAACUUUUACAUUUUACAUAUUAGUCAAAAUACUUUUUAAGUCUUGAGUGUUUACAGGUAAUUGUUAAAAAAAUUUUUAAGGCCAAGCUUGGUGGCUCGUGCCUGUAGUUCUAGGACUUUGGGAGGUCGAGGCAAGCCAAUCACUUGAGCACAGGAGUUUCAGAGCAGCCUGAGAAGCCUAGCAAGACCCCUACCUCUACAAAAAAUACAAAAAUUAGCUGGGCGCGGUAGCACGCACCUGCAGUCCCAGCUGCUGGGGUACUGAGGUGGAAGGAUUACUUGAGCCUGGGAGAUUGAGACUGCGGUGAGUUGAGAUUUCGCCACUGUACUCCAGCCUGGGCAAUGGUGAGAACCUGCCUCAAAAAGAAAAAAAAUUGUUUUAAUAAAACACUUUGAAUUAGAAUCUAUUUUUACCUAUUUUCCAAAUUGAUUGAAAUGCUUAGCAGGGAGCAUAAGGAAAAGCCAUCAGCAUCCAAUACCCAUGAUGACAGAGAGAGCACUUGAGCUUGCCUUUCCUCUUCUUGAAUCAGGGCGUGUUCUGAGAUUACAAACCACAUGAUGAAAUCAUGCCAAGAUUCUGACUCUCCCUUUCUGGUGAUGUUGCUCAUGAUUUCUCCUGAUACCAACUGUUACCACCAAAAAUACUGUUUCCACAGGGCUUUGAAGGAUUGAGUUUAGCAUGUACAUCAUGGGUUAUUAAAGUUCACAUGAUUCUUGUGAAAUUAACUGUCCUUUUUGCUAGGGCCAAAACAGUGCCUUCUCUUGCACACUUUACUUUUCUAUAAAGUUCUCCCACAUGUCCUUAAAUAUCAAGGGGGAAAGUAGGGGUAUGCCAGCCAAGGUCAAUUUUUAGUCAUGUAGAUGUGAAAGUAAGGUUGUUGACUUUAUUGUUUUGGGGAGAUUUUUUUCCCUUAUAUAACUAUAUUUAAACACUUUAAAAUAGCCUUCCGGUUUCUGGAUUUUGAGAAGCCUGAUCUGUUGUUGUUGUGGUUGUUGGUUUUUGUAAUAUUCAUUAUUGUUUUUAUGUAUACAGUUUAGUCUUAUUGAUUUCAAAUGCAUUUUGUUAUGGCUCAACCCAGUGGUAAUACUGUUUGCUGGAAGGACUAUAGUUAACUUUUAUUCACCAUGGCUGAUGUCACUGCCAUGAUUGCUGGGCCUUAAAGAGCUUUCGCUAACCACUGACAGCCCAGUGGAUCAUAAUCAGGACCCCAGGCUGGUUCCAGGGUCAGGCAGCCUCUAGGGCAUGAGCAUCUAUCUAUCUGUAGCUACCCUUGUUGUGUGGGCUCAGAUUGAUGGGGUGCAAUAUGAAGUGAAAGACUUCAAAUGCAAGUCAGGGAGUUUGGGGUCCUUAAUUCCAAAUAUCCCCUGAGCAAAUCAAGAUGAAUAAGGACCAAGGAACUUCUGUGAUUCAUGGAAGGGGUAGCUGAUUCCAGAACUAGCAUAGUGGGACCCGGUCUACAAUUUAUGCACAUGCACUGAUAGCCUUGCUGUGCCAUGUAUCUCGCCAAGACCCAGUUGGGAAAGCACCUCCUAUUGCCAACAGGUUGGGUUUCUCUGGCCUACACCUGAUUAAUGGGCUCGUUAUCUUUGGUGGCUCCUACAAGUGCCCAGUUGUUUUAUUGCUUUGUUAUCAUUGUACUUAAUAGAAAUUGUUGCUAGGGCCCAAAACCCUCCAGAAAGUCUAUGUCUGUAAAAACCAACAAAGACAUUGGAUUUGUGUGGCUGUAAGGGGUUUUUUUAGUAGUAAUUUUAAAUUUAAAUGUUUUUAAGUGAUCAUCAGUUUUCCUUUUUACUUAAGUUGUAUUCUUUUGUAGAAUUUGUAAUAAAUAAAAACUGCUGCUUUACCACU